UAAUUCAGCACCAUAAGACCAGCUUCAACUCCAUUCUCUGCUCUCUUGCGUUUAGCCCUUCUGUAUCUACAUUUUCGUUUUUCUUUUCUUUUCUUUUUCCCUUUUUCGGAUAUAGUUCUUCAAUUUUCAUAGACAAUAGUUACAUCUCGCUAGUCGUAGGGUUUCUUCUUAAAUCGCUUCGUAAAAAGAACAAAAAAUUUGAUUGAAAGAAAAUUUGUGUAAUUGAAUUUGUUGUCUUCUAGUAUUUUUUUUCCCUUUUCACGAGUAAUUCAGCUGGACUGGAGUUCUUCUCGUCCGAGGGAAAUAUAGAUUACUUGUGUUGUUUGUGAAAUCUGGAAUAAUAGAUCGUUGGUAGGGUUUCUGGGGCUGGCUGUGUUAUUGUAGUCGUGAGAGAGGGAAAUGGACAAGAAGAAGGCUGCCGUGCCGCUUGUUUGCCAUGGGCAUUCUCGGCCUGUUGUGGAUUUGUUCUACAGCCCGAUCACACCUGACGGGUUCUUUCUUAUCAGUGCUAGCAAGGAUUCUACUCCAAUGUUGAGAAAUGGGGAGACUGGUGAUUGGAUUGGAACCUUUGAAGGGCAUAAAGGUGCUGUAUGGAGUUGCUGUCUGGACUCUAAUGCCUUACGAGCUGCAUCUGCCUCUGCAGAUUUUUCUGCGAAAUUGUGGGAUGCAUUAACUGGGGAUGAGCUGCACUCUUUUGAACACAAGCACAUUGUUCGUGCAUGUUCCUUCUCAGAGGAUACACACCUUCUACUCACGGGUGGAUUCGAGAAAAUUCUACGGAUAUUUGAUUUGAAUCGUCCAGAUGCACCUUCAAGAGAAGUCGACAAAUCUCCUGGUUCUAUUAGGACCAUAGCAUGGCUUCACAGUGACCAGACCAUUUUAAGCUCUUGUUCUGAGACUGGUGGUGUUAGGUUGUGGGAUGUAAGAAGUGGCAAAAUUGUUCAAACACUAGAGACCAAAUCACCUGUAACUAGUGCUGAAGUGAGUCAGGAUGGACGCUAUAUAACCACUGCUGAUGGUUCUACUGUGAAGUUUUGGGAUGCAAAUCAUUUUGGAUUAGUUAAGAGCUAUGAUAUGCCCAGCAAUGUGGAGUCAGCUUCAUUGGAACCAAAGCUUGGUAACAAGUUUAUUGCUGGAGGAGAGGAUAUGUGGGUCCAUGUACUAGAUUUCCAUACUGGAGAAAAGAUAGGAUGCCACAAGGGUCAUCAUGGUCCAGUCCAUUGCGUUAGAUUUGCACCUGGUGGUGAAUCCUUUGCUUCAGGAUCUGAAGAUGGGACCAUCAGAAUAUGGCAAUCAGGCCCUGUGAAUCACAACGAGAACGAGUCCUCACUUCCAGGGAAUGGACCGACUGAGAAAGUGAAGGUUUCAGUUGACGUGGUUUCUGGUGAGAUUGAGAAUUUACAAAUCAGCAAGGAAGGGGAAAAUGUGGAAAAGAAGGACAAGGCAAUAGACUCCUGACUUGGCCUCUGCCUGAUGAGCAAGUGCAAGUUACUACUGGGGGCAGGGCAUUCUGGUCAUUGUUGCCCUGUAGAUUUCUAUUGUAUCUUUCCUUUCUUCACUGUAGGGCAAGGAAUAUGUUCUAUAUCUGCAUUAUAGGAUUUUUCCCAUUUUGACAGUUAAAAAUGUGUGACGAGAGAAGGGGGGUUAUUGCUAGCAAACUAUGAUGCAUUCUCCAUCGUAAGGCAAAACAUGCAAACAAACAUUCUAUGAUUGAACUUA